AGCAGCAGCAGCAGGAGGAGGAGCGGCCGCGGCGGCUGUGGAGGGGAGCGGGCUGCUGCCUGAUGUCACUGCGGUGCAUGGAUCCAAGGUGCUGGUGUCUUGCCCUGCCUGGAGCCUGAGGUCCUGCGUGCUCAUCCGCCUCCCGACGUCACCAAUGCGACCAUGGGAACUGGCAGUGAAUAGGCGGCCUCCCUCUGCCCCUUUUAACCAACGUCGUUUCUCAGGGGGACCCUGCAGCAGCCCUGACCACCUCCGGCGAAGCCCCCCUGCCAGGCGUCAGUGGGGACGACGCGACCGACCUCUGGCAACCCUGCUGGGCCAGGAUGAGACCCAGCUGCACCCUGCCUUCCCCCAGCAGCCGCACAUCCCUGUAGAUGAGCCCCGCGCCUACGCUCUCCCCAGCACACCGCCACGAAUGCUGCACCCGGCCGCUCACCCACCCCACCAGAACCCAUUCAUGGUGGAUCUUCAUGACCAGGUGCACCAGGGACCUGUCCCUCUCUCCUACACGGUCACAACCGUUACGACGCAAGGCUUCCCCAUCCAUACCAGCCAGCACAUCCCUGGGUGCAGCACCCAGCAGCUCCCAGCAUGCUCAGUGAUGUUCAGUGGACAGCACUACCCGCUCUGCUGCCUCCCACCCCCGUUGAUCCAGGCAUGCGCCAUGCAACAGCUCCCAGUCUCCUACCAGACGUUCCCUCCAAUCAUCUCCAGCGACCAUUACAUCCUGCACCCGCCCCCGCCGCCAGUGCCCCCCCACCAACCGCCCCACAUGGCUCCCUUGGGGCAGUUCGUGCCUCUCCAAGCCCAGCACCCACGAAUGCCUCUGCAGAGGAUAGACAAUGAUGUGGACCUGCGAGGGGAGCAGCACCCCAUCGCCGGCUUCACGUACCCCCCGUCCCACCAUGCUCCCACGCUCUCCCCCUCCGUGCCGCUGCAUUACCUCCCCCACGACCCGCUGCACCAAGAGCUGCCAUUCGGCGUGCCAUACCCCCACAUGAUGCCCCGGCGGCUGAACACCCAGCGGUACCGGCUGCAGCAGGCGCUGCCCCCGCCGCCGCCCCCUCCACCGCCCCCUCCGUACUACCCGAGCUUCCUGCCCUAUUUCCUCUCUAUGCUUCCCGUGUCGCCGACGGCCGUGGGGCCCACAAUCAGCCUGGACCUGGACGUGGAUGACGUGGAGAUGGAGAACUACGAGGCGUUACUGAACCUGGCCGAGAGGCUGGGGGAGGCCAAGCCACGGGGACUCACCAAAGCAGACAUCGAGCACCUCCCGUCCUACCGCUUCAACCCUGAGAGCCACCAGUCCGAGCAGACCCUGUGCGUUGUGUGCUUCAGCGACUUCGAGGCCCGGCAGCUGCUCCGCGUCCUGCCCUGCAACCACGAGUUCCACGCUAAGUGUGUCGACAAAUGGUUAAAGGCGAACCGCACGUGCCCCAUCUGCCGGGCGGAUGCGUCGGAGGUGCAGCGGGAGGCGGACUGAGGCGGGCGGGCGCCGUGCCGCACAAUUGGUUACAGGAUGAGGACGUCGGGCCAGGGGCGGGGGCCGCUGCCCGCUGCCAGGGCCCGGCCGUGCGCUUACCCCCCUCCCCAGAGCCUCUCCUCGGAUGCGGUGAGCGCUGAGCAGCCCGGGCUGCGGCCAGCCCUCCUCCUCCGCCGUGGCUCGGAGCGCUGCGGGGCCGAAUGGUGUUUGCUGGUGGCGGCCGCCCGUGUCCUCCGCACUGCAAAGACGCUGUCGUCGCUCCAUCACUUUCCAGGUCUUUGUACUCCGCUAGGGAUUAUUAUUUCCCCCCCGCCCCCCGUUUCUCUUUUGUUUUGUUUUUAGGGUAGGUUUUUUUUUUUCUUCCGUUUCCUUUUCCGUCGCGUUUCUUUGGUCCUGUGGCCGCUCUUCCCCUCGGCGGUGGGAGGAGGGCGGAGGGCGCACCGUAGCCGGGUGCCGACGGGCCCGGGGCCGACGUGGGGCCGCUCCCCACCGCUCCGUGUCCUUCCCAGGCGGGAGGACGGCCCCGGCCCCGAGCCCCGCUCACUCCGAGGCGGUCGGGCCCGGCGGGGAGCUCAGUGUGGAGGCCCGGUUCGCCCC